GCUAGCUCAGAAUGGCAGAAUUCUCCUUGAAUGUCCAGAAACACAUAAAAGCAAGUCUUGUCGUGAGUGGAAAAUUUGAUGGAUCGCACGCAUGUCUCGCGGCUGCUACACCUGGCGGAACCAUCUUGGUGCACAGUCCACACCGGCCGCCGCAGGUCGAUUACUCCGAUCACAAGCAAUCCAAUAAAAGACUGUCAUGGAGUGGAGAACUUGCGGAGCUUCAAAUUGGUACCGAGGUGAAAUCAUUAUGUACUGGUCGCCUUGGAGAAGACGAAAGGGAUAUUCUUUUAGUCGGUACCAUUUCUCACGUGCUUGCUUAUCAUGUUGAAGACAAUGCUGACGUCUUCUAUAAAGAGAUGUCGGACGGUGCAAAUUGCAUGAUUGUCGCGAAAGUUGGAUGGCUGCCAAAUCAUGUUGUAAUAGUAGGUGGUAACUGUUCAGUGACAAUCUUAGAUGCGCAGGGUACUGAAAUUUUUUGGACAGUAAUGGGCGGUAUUGUCACUUCACUGGCAGUUUUUGAUUUCGACGGAGAUGGGGAAAAUGAAUUAUUGACGGGUACAACAGAUUAUGAAAUUAGAGUACAAAAGGAAGACACUAUGUUAUGGGAAACUAAAGAAACAGCGGCGAUUGUUGUUCUUACUGAUCUUCCAAACAGGCAGUUUGCUUACGCUCUUGAAAAUGGAACAAUUGGCGUCUACGAAGCGGGACAGCGGAUGUGGCGAGUUAAGUCAAAGCACAAAGUGAUAUCCGUAGGAACUUUUGAUAUAAAUGGCGAUGGUGUCCUGGAGCUAAUCACCGGUUGGAGUAAUGGAAAAGUGGAUGCAAGGACAUAUAAUACCGGCGAAGUUAUGUUCAAGAUCCAGCUGCCAUCCAGCGUAGCGGGUUUAGUAGAAGCUGAUUACCGAAGAAUGGGUAAACCUGAUCUAGUAGUAGUUUCUACUAAUGGCGAAGUGCGUGGAUACAGCGCUGGCUCUGCAAUGCAAGCUCCAGAACCCGGUGAGAUGAUUCGCGAGCUAUUGGCUAAGAAACAAGUGCUCCAGAUGGAAUUGCGACAGAGAGCUGCGACGGGUUCUAGUAUGUAUUACGGAUCCAGAUUAGCCAUUAGUCUGCUAACAAACAGGGGUGCAGCUCGUGUCGCGCUUGCCGCUGGACCUGGGCUUUUGGUGUACUGCGCCAUAGUCUUCGCCGAGGGUGUUUUUGAAGGCGAGACACUAGUAACGCAUCCUAAUCGGCCACAAGGGGAAUUAGAAAUAGCGCUUUAUCCUGCCAAAAAUGAUCCCGUUGACAUUCACGUUAAAGUAUACGUUGGACCUCCUGGCACUGACUUGUUGCAGGUAUUCUAUAAUUAUUGUAAUUAAGCCACAUGGUCGGUUAAAGAUCAUAAUGCAUAACAAUUAUCGAACAAUGGCGUUGUGGCAGACGUUGCAGAAAGAUCGCAACGUAUUGCCAUUUGGCUAAACCAGAGUCUCAUCCUCGGCGAGGAGUUGGAGGUUGCAGAAAACGGCCCGAAUGCUGGAUGCAUCGAGGUAUGGCUUCGUGGGAUGCGGGAUAACAAAGUGCACUGCUUUAAAUCAAACGCUGGUGGAAAAAUAACGAUCCAAACGGAUGAUGCAACAUUUGCCGGUGAUAUGAUACAAUCUCUCGCUAUGUAUUUAGGCGUUAGAGAAUUGAACUCGGAAGUCACAUUUCCCGCGGAAGAGAGUAGAAUGUUAGAUGCAUUGGAACGCAUCAAGGGUUUGAAGGAGGUCGAUGCGCGACUUCAAGCGGAAGCUGCGGGCGCUGCCACUCUUCUAAAGAGUAUCGUGAUUCGCUUAGAAGAUGCUAGGAUUCUCGAGAAUAUUGAUGAUAUGCGAAAGAGAUUGAUGCAACUUAAGAAUAUCAAUGGCGAUUUGAUUCGAGAGCACGAGAUUCGACUGAAUAGUCAUCGAGAGCUUGCAACUAGCCUAAAAGAACUGAACAUCGGGGUACAACGCGCAGCGAGACUCAGAGUCGGGAAAGCUGCCUCCAAUGCAGUAGCUCGUUGUAGAGCGGCAAUACAGGACGAAAAUCCGAAAGCUCUUGCGCUCGCAAUAAGACACGGCUAGAUAUAUCCAUUGUCAUUCAGAAGCUAAUUCCUUGUACAGUUAAUUUUGCAAUUACACUAUGAUGUUCCUAAAAGUAUUCCAAGAUUGACGAUGUUAUCUGUGACGAUGUUAUUGACAAAAAUAAAUGUUACUGUAAAUUCAU